GGCCACGAGCAGAUAGUUAAGGUGCUACUAGACGCGGGCGCCGACAUCAACGCCCAGAGUAAACACGGCGACACCGCACUGCGGAUAGCUUCAUCAAGAGGCUACGAGCAGAUAGUUAAGGUGCUACUAGACGCGGGCGCCGACAUCAACGCCCAGAGUAAACACUACGGCACCGCACUGCAGGCAGCUUCACUCCACGGCCACGAGCAGAUAGUU